AUGUCAUCUAACGCAGAUCCAGGCAGAUCAUCCAUGGAGGACUCCCCGCCUAGCGGAGAGGACGAGGUCGUGGAGCCCGACCAGGGAAAUGUCCUCUCGCACAUCAUCUCCCAACUGCGGCCUGGCGCCGACUUGAGCCGGGUCGUUUUACCAACAUUCAUCCUCGAGCCCCGGUCCAUGCUCGAGCGCAUUACCAACUUCAUGGCCCACCCGGAAACCCUCCUACCAAUGUCCACCAUUGACGACCCGGUCGAGCGCUUUGUAUCAGUGGUUAAAUUCUACCUGAGUGGAUGGCACAUCAAACCUCCAGGAGUAAAAAAGCCACUCAAUCCAAUCCUCGGAGAGACCUUUACCUGCCACUGGGACUACACCGAUGGCACCCGCGGCUACUACAUCUCCGAACAGACCUCCCACCACCCGCCGAAGUCGAGCUAUUUCUUCGCCGCGCCGGAGCACAGCAUUCGCAUUGAUGGAACCCUCAAACCCCGCAGUAAAUUCCUGGGCAACUCCGCCGCGAGCAUGAUGGAGGGGAUCGCCACUCUGCGACUCAUGAACCGUGGCCAGAAUAAAGAAAAGGGCGAGAAAUACAUCGUCACUCAACCUAACAUGUAUGCGCGCGGCAUUCUUUUUGGAAAGAUGAAAUACGAGCUGGGCGACCACAGCUACGUCCGCUGCCCCGAAAACCACCUCGUGGCCGACAUUGAAUUCAAAACCAAGGGAUAUUUCUCCGGCACUUACAAUGCGAUUGGAGGGACGAUCAAAAAUGAGCAGACCGGAGAGGUUCUGUACGAGCUUUCGGGACUGUGGAAUGGAGAGAUGGAUAUCAAGGACGUUCACACUCACAAGAAAGACCUUUUAUUCAAUGCCACACACGCGAAACACACAGCACCGACAGCACGCCCAAUCGAAGAGCAGGGAGAGCGGGAAUCGCAACGGUUAUGGAAAGACACUGUCCAGGCGAUCCUGACUCAGAACCAUGAAGCCGCAACCGAUGAAAAGACCAAGAUCGAGGACCGCCAACGAGAUGAAGCCGCUAAGCGCGCCGAUGAGGGCAUUGACUGGCGUCCCCGGUUGUUCCGCCCUAUCCAAGGCGGGCCCGGAGGCCCGGACGAAGGCGACGAAGACCUCGACUGGAUUAUCAACGCCGAAGUUGACAUGCACAAUCCUCAAGUCGCCACCAAGCAAAUCCUCUCGAUUGCGCCCAUCCUCCAAGGUCAGAAGGAGUCACUCCAAUUUCAAAUCCCGCCGCACCACGGCCCCCAGGAUCCCGCAGCCCGCUAA